AUGGGUCGUCGGGCCUGUCCCGGUUAUCGAACCUAUAGAGGUCGUCAGGCACAUUCUUGUCGUCGGGCCUUGUCUGGUCUUUGGGCUGAUCCAGGUUGUCAGGCUCGUCCGUGUCGACGGGACCGUCUGGGUCGUUUAGGUCCACCGGCCCGUCCAGAUGACAUAAACGUCGUUGAAACUACUAAUAAAGCUCACAAGUCGGGUCGUUCCGGGUCGUCAGGCCGAACAAUCCCAAACAACUGGACAAAUAAGCCGAACAACCCGGACCUGCCUGACGACCCAAACGGGCAUGACAAACCUAACAUACCUGACGAUAAAGAUAGGCCUAACGACCCAGAUGGUCCCGACAACCCGAACGGGCCCGACGACCAGGCUGAUUAUCCGGACCGGCAUGACGACCCAGACAGGCACGAUGACUCAGAUGGGCAGGAUGACACAUACAGACCAAAUGUCCAAAACGGACCAGACCACUCAGACGAGCUCGGUGACCCAGAUGAGCCCGACGAUACGGACAGACAAGACUUUUCGGACGAGCACAACAACCCUAAGGGGCCCAAUGACGAAUAG